AUGAAUGGGAAGUUGAAACUCGAUGAUGGUACAGGUGCAACAAAUGCUUCUUAUUAUAGAAGCUUGGUUGGUGGUCUAAACUACUUAUCGCACACAAGGCCCGAUAUAGUAUUCUCUGUUAGUUUGAUUUCAAGCUUGGAUGAUCGCAAGAGCACAACUGGGAACGUUUUUAAUCUUGGAUAUGAAGCAGUCUUAUGGAGUUCAAAGAAACAAGAUACAAUAGCUUUGUCAUCUUCAGAAGCAGAAUACAUGGCUGCAACUUUAGCAUGUAGUCAAGCUAUUUGGUUAAGCAAACUGUGUUAG